AUGAUUAAAUUGCCUGUUUGGUGCAAAAUACGCCUCCCUCUUGGAGAAAGUCGAGAGACCUUAGAGGGCCCUCUGGGCAAACGGAGCGGACGGGCCGCGAGCGUCUGCUCACGCCGGGGUGAGCCUGGGCCGCCGCCGCCGCCGGAGUCACGAAGCCAGACGCGGCGCGUCUCCGCCCAGGACCCGGGAGACUGCAGCAACGCGGCCGCAGCCCCGGCGGUUCCCGGAGGCGGGGAGGAGACUCGACUCCCGCAGACACGUGACCUCCUCCCGGCCGCCGCUUCCCGCGACCCAGACCCGUCCCCGGAACCCGCGCUCGGCGGGCCGGGCCGGGGGACACGUAGCGACGGCCCCGGUCCCUGCUGCGCCCGGGUGCGCGUGCAUUUCAGCGUACUUCGCCCCUUGGUUCACGUGCCACUGGCAAUAACGAAUGUUUCGGGGAUCACCCGGGAGAAUGCAGGAAGGAAAGACGUUGGGUUUGAAAUCGAUCUACUUGUAUACAGACAGAUAAACAUAUCUUCUCUCCAUCCUGGCCCUGGCAGACGCAAGUGGCGGCAGCGGCGCCAGAGACCUGGGGGUCCCGCAGAAGGUGCUUCCCCACGCUUGGUCUCCAAGGUCCCUGGCCCUCCGCUGCGCAAAUGCGGGCACCUCCGGGUAACUCUCACUAGCACACAGUCGGUGGAAAGGCAAAAAGCCACGUUCACGUUCCUGAACCGUCAUGACGGACGGGUGGAGGGAGUCGCACUUCCGAGGCGAGGAAGCCCAGGCGGCCCCGCACCCCCGGCGCCCCCUCCCACUCCCCAGCUGACUGCACCGCCCUCGGGAAGAUGA